AUGAGCACCAAGAGUCGAUUACCAAAAUUAGGUAACUCCUCCAAUUCCUCCACCUCUACCACUCCGAGACAGCGUUAUCUUGCUCAAUUAUCUUCUCAGAUGGAGAAAAUCUCUCAUCAAUCCGAUCGAUUAUCACGUUUAGUUCAACAAACAACUGAACAACUAGAAGGACAAAGACAGUUAGGAAUUUAUUAUAGUUCAAUGUUAAUGGCUGCUGGACGCGUCUUUAAUGCAGAAGAGACAAAUAGCUCGCCGUCUUCUACUCAUCACUCACGUCUAUGUGCAACUUCUGAUACGAUUCAUGAGAAAAAUCUUCCAGUGCUAGUGUCAAAAAGCAUUGAAGGCACAAGUUUGGGAGUGAAUGCAAACCAAUUUCAUGAGCUGACUGCCUUAACUGAUGAUAAUUUCAGACCCAUAUAUGAAUAUCAAAUGGGCACCAAGGAAAACCUGACUUUGUACCAUGAAGGAUGUAAUUCUAGCAAAAGGAUUGUAUUGGACUCGGUCGCUUUAAGUAAACUUGACAUUCAAGUCCUGGUUCUGUUUUGA